UGUAAUCUUCGCGUGAUAUGAAAGAUUAGUUGUGGCAGUAAAUCAUCACAGACUUUUGGAGUUGGCGUGCACGAUGGAGCGGGUGAUGUGUUUGACAACAUUCUGGUUCAAUGGACGCCGAAUGGUGUGGUUGGUGGUGUUAUAUCACUGUGUGGUCUCUUACAAAGGAAAAGGAAUUGUUGAUGUGCACUAUGAACGGAAACCAUUCAAGGAACUCAUGGGGACACCGAUAACGCUCACCUGCAAGACGAUGUAUGUAUACAAGUUGUGCCGUCACAUGGAGGUCGGCUGGCACCAAAACCAAAGUGUUGGGCUCACAGAUCCGAGCAGGUACCUUACCACGGUGAAUGAGACCAUCUCAGAGGACAGUCGACUUCGGCAGGUCACGACCAAGAUUCUCAGUCUCAUCAGCGAGGACAAUGGGGAUUUUCAGUGCAUCGCGAAAUGUGGGAACGGAGAGCAGGCAAGAGGGCAUUUCAUCGAAGUCGUUGUAAAAGGUCAAGAAUGAAAGAGCCUAUCUCCAACUCCAUGGCUGUUUGAAUUUUGCUCAGGCAGCAAUGCAUUUUUGGGAAUUUCUGUCUAUCAAUUUUUCUUAUGUUUCAGACAAGGUUUUUCAAACCAAAUAUAUACUCUGUCUUGAUGCAGUAUGAAUGUCAUUUGUUAGAAUAAUUUUCUCACAAGAUCUAAGAACAAGUCUUGUUGGUUUUACUGUUUUACUGUUUCCUCUAAACUCUCGCUUUUUGGUUGAACCCGAGCUGUGGUUGAAGAUAGUUGGGGCCCAUAUCAGGAAACAAUGUAUUUCGCAACUUAACCGGAUGUUAAAGCUAAUUUGCAUAACAAGAACACUGUUCACAGUAACAUCUAAGUUGUAAUCACUAAUGAUGCUUUGGAUGCUUUCACCCCAAGUGAAUUUUUAUUUGCAGCCGCAUGUCAGGUGCUGUGCAGGUAAGAUUUGAGAGUUGUAAAGAGAACUUCUCUCAUGCCAUCAAAUCUUACAGCACUUUUAAUGUAGGGUCUUUGCUCAAGGGUGCAUACAGGAGGGCUGCUGCAGACAUCAGGGUUUGACCCAUAACCUUUAAGUGGGGUCGUGGAAACUGUCACUGUCAUUCUGUUACAUCUGCUGUUGUGGUCAAUCCGCACUCCCCUGUUGUUUUCUGUUUCCUCUGUAGCAUGCAUAUCUUUAACCGGAAACCAUCUGUGUGUGUGUGUGUGUGUGUGUGUGUGUGUGUGUGUGUGUGUGUGUGUGUGUGUGUGUGUGUGUGUGUGUGUGUGUGUGUGUGUGUGUGUGUGUGUGUGUGUGUGUGUGUGUGUGUGUGUGUGUGUGUGUGUGUGUUAGUGUAAACUUUGGGCAGUGUUAAUAAUUCCAGGCCUGAAACAUGAUGAAACCUAAUAUAUAUAUA